CGCGCCUUGCUGGCUUUUAAGUAGUGCGUUAAAAUCAAUGAAGUUAUUCAGUAACAGUAGUUUAACAAAGCAUUUGGUGUACACUUUGGAGAAGCUCUCUGCUCUGUGAUUGGCUACUUGUUGACGGUGGACCCGCCUACCAAUCAAACGAUCGGCGGGAACGCGUUACGCCUCGUUAACUUACCACUAGGGGACAUUUAAAUAAUCGAUUAUCGUUUUUUAAUUGUAUUUUUUAAAUAAUUUUCUAGUUGCCAAAUUUCUGUCUCUCAUGGAAGCGAUGGCGUGUGUGCAGAAAGUGAAGAACUCUCAGGAUACUCAGCUGUUGCCCAAUCAGGUUCUGUCGGAGCAACAGUCCUUGGUUGUUAUGAAGAAGCUUCUGGCCAUCGCAGUGUCUGGCAUCACGUACCUCCGGGGGCUUUUCCCAGAGAAAGCCUAUGGGAGCAAAUAUGUUGAAGAUCAGAAAGUGAUGAUCCUCAGAGAGGAGCGCAGCUGUCCCGGGGCCAGUCAGAUAGUCCAGUGGAUGCAGGGAUGCUUUGAGGCCAUCCAGAAUAAGUAUCUGCGGACAGUUAUUAUGUCUAUCUACACCGACCAGCAGAACCCGGAGAAAGUGACUGAGUUUUACCAGUUUAGGAUCAUGUACAACGCAGAAGGAGCUCAGAUGGACUUUGAAAGCAACAACAACAACAUGUUGUCGAUGUCGUCUGGAGGCACGAAGAAGGCGAGCAUCCUGCUGGUGAGGAAGCUCUACACGCUGAUGCAGAACCUGGGUCCGCUACCAGACAACGUGUGUCUCAACAUGAAGCUGGCUUACUAUGACAACGUCACUCCUCAGGACUACCAGCCUACAGGGUUCAAAGAGGCCGACGGCAACACCAUGGAGUUUGAGAAGGAGCCGGUCAGACUCACCAUGGGCGAAGUGGUCACCCCCUUCCACACUCUGAAGUUGGACAUGACCACCGAGAGACAGAGACUGGAGCAGGUGGAGGAGAGUGUUUGCGUGACGGAGAAGUGGGUUCUGACGAUGGAGGAGGAGGGUGUCCUGUCUCAGAGCCAUGUGAUCAAAGACGGGGAGAAGCCCGACACCGAGAACACGGACGUGGACAACACGGAGAUCCAGAUGAGCUGUCAUGAGACGAAAGAGAGCUGUGAGGAAGUCACAGAGAUGGACACUCUGGUGAAGAGGACCUCCGACAUCGAGGUGGGCCUGAAGAGGACCAGGAGUGGACGGAUCAUCAAAACCACCACGGAAACAAAAGUCACAGUAAAUGACAAGAAGAUGACACCUAUGUCAAACAAAGAGGUCUCUCAGUACGACAUCCCCAACAGCCAGGAAACGCUGUCCUCCACCGCCAAGAAACGCAAAUUCAGCGAGCCCAAAGAGCGCUUCUGACCUCACAGACCACGACAUAAUCUACGUCACUGAUUCAUGUUCAUGUUUGACAUUUCAGUUCAGAUUUUAACAGGUUAUCGUUUCAGCAGCAACUGUUUGUUUGCUCAGAAGUUUAGUUCACUGUCACAAAUAUCUUAAAGAUGCAUUUAUGUUGUUUUUUAUUGUUUUAUCUGUUUAGAGAAGGAUUUCAUACGUGAUUAAAAUACAAAAAUAAAUCAGUUGUUGCAGUUAUCACA